UGCAGAUCAUUUCAUUUUGUUGACAGCAACGGCCAAUUUUUGUUCAACAAAUAUGGUAAACCUGGCUGUAGAUAACGGUUUGAUGUCGUGCUUUACCAAUAACACGUGUAUUGCUGAAUGCUACCAGGGAUACAUAUUUCCUAGUGGCAACAUGAAGGAGUCAUACAGUUGUCAGAAUGGAAAUUUGACGCCUAUGUUAUCAACCUGCAAGCGUAUUCCUGUAGUUAAUGUUACCUAUUCAGCUAUUUGGACUUUUGCGGAAAUUGUAACUUCAACUUGUAGCAACAUCUCAUCACGAUUAGACAAUGUCAAGGAAGUGUUAGAAGAGACACUCUCGGGAAACUGCCGGCUAUUGAAUAUCAAGUCUACAGUCAUGUUAACAUAUUCUCUGUUUGCCUUUAAGGUCAACGCACAAUUUACAGCAGUAUAUCUAAACUUCACGAACAGACAGAGUUUUGACAUUUGCAUUUCGUAUAAUACAGCAGCUUUUCCAAAUCUACGUAUCAUUAAAUCAUUGUUUGACGAUGUUUAUUGCGGAACCUUAAUCUCAAGUAAAAUAAUCUACAAUAAAUUCGUCGUGGAAGAUAUACUUGAAUACUGCGAUGAUACCAUGGGGAUCCACAACGUGACGACUGAACCUGGCAAAUUGGAACUUUAUUGUGACGUUAGAGACAAACUGAUAACCUUCGAAACACCAAUCCUAGAAAAAACCACUUCUUCAUUUACAGCUGUAAAUGAUGACAUAAAUACUUCUGAUUUUUCAAACAUGCACCAGACUUCAACUGAGUUUUUUUCUAGGCAAGCAAACUCAAGCAAUUCGAAUUGGAAAACUAGUAUUUACAUUUUGGCUCCAGCUGCUGCUGUUUUUCUGAUACUUUGCGUUGCCAUUUUUUUAGUUCGUCUUAAAAAGCGUGCCCAAGACCAAAAGAGAGAAAAAUCAUAUGAGACGAUAAUAAAUGGUGGACAGACACAGUAUAUCAACAUGGCAGAUAAUACACAUACUUAUGACGUAAUCGGAUACAGAAGGGAGCGGAGACAGGAAAGUCGCUCCUAAUACAGAGUGGUGCUCAUCAACAAUUAACGAUAAAGCUUUCGUUCGGCAAUUACGCAUUAGAAACCUGUGAAAAUAUAGACUAUCAUUCUGUUAUAUUAGUGUUUUAAUGUAUGAGCUUGGUUAGAGGCAUAAAACAUCGUCCUUUGGAUGUAAAACAAAUCCACUUCAUUUUAAAACGUAUCAAUCGUCAUUUUAGUUCACAAGUAUUUUUGGAUUUCUAAAUAUUGAUUCUAAAACUGAAGACACAUAGACAACAGAACCAAUGAAAAUGAGAAGAAUUUGCGGUGGUACUUUUCUAUGAAAUUUGCACUAAAGUGUUAUAUGU